AUGACGACUCUGGAGUUAUACACAAAGGGGGCCAGCGUGUGGGUCCCUGACCCAGACGCUGUGUGGGCCUCGGCCCAGCUCCUGCAGGACUACCGGCCAGGGGACAGGCAGCUCCUUCUGCAGCUCGCUGAUGGAGAUGAGGUCCAUUACAGCGUGGAGUCCCCCUCUGACCUGCCCCCGCUGGGGAACCCCGACAUCCUGGAGGGGGAAAACGACCUGACGGCCCUCAGCUUUCUCCACGAGCCAGCUGUGCUGCACAACCUGCGGGUUCGAUUCCUGGACUACAGCAGUAUUUACACGUACUGCGGUAUCGUGCUAGUGGCCAUCAACCCCUACGAGCAGCUGCCCAUAUACGGGGAGGAGGUCAUCGAUGCGUACAGCGGUCAGGACAUGGCCGACAUGGAGCCCCACGUCUUCUCUGUGGCCGAGGAGGCCUACCGCACCAUGACCAGGGAGGAGAAGAACCAGUCCAUCAUCAUCAGCGGGGAGUCGGGCUCGGGGAAAACCGUCUCGGCCAAAUUCACCAUGAGGUACUUCGCCGUGGUCGGGGGGGCUGCCCGGCAGACCAGCGUGGAGGAGAAGGUCCUGGCCUCCAACCCCAUCAUGGAGUCCAUUGGGAAUGCGAAAACCACCCGAAACGACAACAGCAGUCGGUUCGGGAAGUACAUCGAGAUCGGCUUCGGCCGGAAGGGCGACAUCAUCGGGGCCCACAUGAGGACGUACCUGCUGGAGAAGUCCAGGGUGGUCUUCCAGGCGUCGGCGGAGAGGAACUACCACAUCUUCUACCAGCUGUGCGCCUCCAGGCAGCUGCCCGAGAUGAAGCCUCUUCAUCUGGAUGCGCCGGAGCGUUUCCGCUACACCAACCAGGGCGGAGAGACCCGGAUACCCGGGGCCGACGACCAGGCCGACCUGGAGCGCACCCGCUCUGCUCUGACCGUUCUGGGCGUGCCGCCCGACCAGCAGAUGGAGCUUUUCAGGAUCCUGUCGGCCGUUCUGCAUCUGGGAAACGUGAACAUCCGGGCCAGCGGGAGGAGCUCUGAGCGGAGUUACAUCGACGCGGACGACCCAUCUCUGGCCAUGCUGGUGAAGCCCACCACCGGUCAGCAGGCCCUGGAGGCCAGAGACGCGCUGGCCAAACACAUCUACGGCCAGCUGUUCACCUGGACCGUCCAGAGGCUCAACUCCGCCCUGCGCACACAGGGGGGCAAGGCCAAGUCCUUCAUAGGGGUGUUGGACAUCUAUGGGUUUGAGACGUUUGAGCGGAACAGCUUUGAGCAGUUCUGCAUAAAUUACGCCAACGAAAAACUCCAGCAGCAGUUUAACAGGCACGUGUUCCAGCUGGAGCAGGAGGAGUACGUCCGGGAGGAGCUGGCCUGGAACCGGAUCGAGUUCAGCGACAACCAGCUGUGCAUCUCGCUCAUAGAGGGCCAGCUGGGCAUGUUCGACCUGCUGGACGAGGAGUGCCGGAUGCCCAAAGGCUCCGACGACAGCUGGGUGCGUAAGCUGUACGCCCAGCACCUGGGCAGCAGCCCGCACCCGCACCUCCGAAAGCCGCGCAUGUCCAACAGCGCCUUCAUCGUCCUGCACUUCGCCGACACGGUCCAGUACGAGUGUGGAGGCUUUCUGGACAAGAACCGAGACACGGUCUUCGAGGAGCUCAUCAACAUCCUCAGAGCCAGUCAGUCGGAGCUGGUGGCCGAGCUGUUCCAGCAGCAGGGGAACGGGCCGGCCAAUGGGAGCGUCCGCUCGGGGAGGCGGGCCCCCAGAGAGCACAGGCUGACCGUCGGAUUCCAGUUCCGUCAGUCCCUGCAGAUGCUGAUGGACACCCUCAACAGCACCACCCCCCACUACGUCCGCUGCAUCAAGCCCAACGACCUGAAGGAGCCUUUCAUGUUCGAUCCCAAGAGGACGGUCCAGCAGCUGAGAGCCUGCGGCGUCCUGGAGACCAUCCGCAUCAGCGCUGCCGGCUAUCCAUCCCGAUGGACGUACGAGGAGUUCUUCAGCCGGUACCGCGUCCUGGUGGGGGGGCCGGGGGCCCAGCGGCCGGAUCAGGCUUUGUGCAGGCAGGCCCUGCCCCUCCUCAUCCCCGACCAGGACCAGUACUGCUUCGGGAAGACCAAGGUCUUCUUCCGGGCGGGUCAGGUGGCCCUCCUGGAGAGGCUGAGAGCCGACCGGCUCCGUGGGGCCGCCGCGCUCAUCCAGAGCCGGGUCAGAGGAUGGCUGGCCCGGAUCCGGUACGCCAGGAUCCUCUGGGCCGCCGCCACCAUACAGAGAUACAGCAGAGGAACCCUGGCCAGGAGGCUGGCGCUGACGCUGCGCCACACUAAGGCCGCCUUGGUCAUCCAGAAGAGCUACCGAAUGGCCGUGGUCAGGCAGCUGUUUCUCACCAUCCGGCAGGCCACCCUCACCAUCCAGGCGUUCUCCAGGGGGGCGCUGGCCCGCCGCAGACACAGACAGUUGGUGGCCCAGAGGGCGGCCGUCCGGCUGCAGGCGGGGGCCCGGGGCUGGUUGGCCCGCCGGGGGUACCGGCGGCUGCGCGCGGCCGUGGUUUUCCUGCAGUGCUGCGUGCGGCGGCGGGCGGCGAGGAGGCAGCUGCUGCGGCUGAAGAGCGAGGCCCGAUCGGUGGAGAAAUACCGGCAGCUCAACCGGGGAAUGGAGGUCAAGCUGAUGCAGCUCCAGAUGAGAGCCGACCAGGAGGCGAGGGAGGGCUCUGCUCUGAGGGAGACCCUGAACGCGGAGCGCGAGGCUGCAGCCGCCGAGAGGGAAGCCCUGAGGGCCAUCAUACUCAAACUGGAGAGCCAGAGGCCGGAGAAGCCCCCGGCCGGUCCAGUCAUCAGCGAGAAGGAGGUGGAGGAAAGGAGGAGAGCGGAGGAGAAGGCCGCGCAGGAAGUCCUCCGACUCAAACAGGAGUUGGAGAUCCUGAAGAAAGAGAAGGACGAUGUUUGCAAAGAGAAAGAGGAUCUCACUGCUCGCUUGUGCGAACAAGAAAGAACGCAGGAAGAGAGCGUGCAUCAGGCUGUCUCCCAGGCGAACGCGGCUCUCCAGGCCCAGCUGGACGAGGAGAAGACCAAGUAUCAGGGACUCCUGAGGGAGUUCUCCAGACUGGAGCAGAGAUACGACAACCUGAGGGAGAUGAGCCUGCUCACAGAGAGCGCCAGGGGCCACAGGAGGAGCGACUCCGCCCAGAGCCUGGAGCCGCUGCCCCCCCCCCCUCUGUCGCCGGUAUCCUCCCCCUUUGCAUCCGCUUUCCCGUCCCCAGAGGAGCAGCGCCGGGUCAGCGUGACGUCUCCCUGCGUGGAGAGGAGGGCCCCGGAAACGCCGAUGGAGCAGCUGAUGGAGAGGCUGGACGUGGCCAAAGAGCCGGCGGUGAAGAUGAGAGGAGAGGACCUGGCCUUCGCUUAUGAUGCCGUACGGGUGGCCAACAGGUUUCUGGAGAACCAGCUGCGGACGCAGCAGGUCCAGUGGGAGGAGGAGCUGGAGGCCCUGAGGGGCCAGCUGGGCCGGGCCGUGGCCGCCUCUUCCCCCGAUGCACAGACGCAGGAGCUGCUGGAGGCCCGGGAAAAGGAGUGUGAGCGGCUGAGGAGGGAACUGACCGAGCUGAGACCCGCCGCCUCGCUCCGGCGCCUCCUGAGCAGAGCUCUGAGCUCCGAGGCUUCCUGUCCACAUCAGCCAAAGGCGGCAGCCGUUCCAGGUUUGCUGGAGUGUCGGAAAAAAGACGAAUCCAAGCUCCUGAAGAACCUCAUCACAGACCUCCGGGUGGACGGCUCUCUGUCCCUGCCUCCUGGUCUGGCCGCCAGCGUCGUGUUCCUGUGCGUCCGUCAGGCGGACUGCAGCGGGGAACAAACCCGCGCUCGCUCGCUCUGCAGCGCCGCCGUGGCCGCCAUGAAGGCGGCUCUGAAGAAACAUGCGGGCGAUGUGGACAUGACGGCCCUGUGGCUGAAGAACGUCUGGCUGCUGCACGACCUGUUGGCCCAGCACUCCCCGAAACGGACUCCUGACCCGGACGGUCGGGUUCCUCUGACUGUGGACCUGAGCGACUGCAUCCGCUCCCUGAGUGACCUGUGCAUCCAGGCCUACCAGCAGCUGCUGUCCAUCACCGAGACCCGCCUCCAGAACAUCAUAGUCCCGGCCCUGCUGGAGAGCGAGACCAUCGCGGGGUUGUCGGGCUCCGGGGGGGUGAAGCUGGGCGCGUCCAGGAAGCGGGCGGGCUCGGAGCCCCGCCCCCCGGCGGGGGGGGGGGAGGCCCCCCCCACCAUGGCGGCGGUGCUGAGGGAGCUGGGGGCGCUGCACGCCGCCCUCAGCCGGCAGCUGCUGCCCCCCGGGCUGCAGGAGCAGGCCUUCAGGAGAACCAGCCACCUCAUCUGCGCCGGGGCCCUCAACAACCUGCUGCUCAGGAAGGACGUGUGCAGCUGGAGCCGCGGCAUGCAGAUCCGCUACAACGUGAGCCUGCUGGAGGAGUGGCUGCGCAGCCGCGGCGUGCAGGCAGGGGGCGCCGCCGCGGCGCUGGAGCCCCUCAUCCAGGCGGUGCAGCUGCUGCAGGUGGGGAAAAAGACGGAGGCGGACGCGGAGGCCAUCGUGCAGACCUGCACCGCCCUCUCCAGCCAGCAGAUUGUGAAGAUUCUGACCCUCUACACGCCGCACAGCGACCUGGACGAGAGGGUGACUCUGAACUUCAUCCGGAGCGUUCAGGGGCUGCUCAGGGGCCGCCCGGACAAACACCCCCCCCAGCUGCUGAUGGACCUGAGGAGGCCGUUUCCCGUCACCUUCCCAGACCUGCCCGCCCCCGUCCCCAGAGCCGAGGAGCUGCUCAUCCCAGACUCCCUCAAGCUCUCCUUCCUGCGCAAGGCUUAA